AGGAGCGCGUCCUGCCUUGGUACCGCGAGCUGCACCGCCCCGACGCACACGGCCGCAGCCGCUACAGCGCGCUGCUGGAGCGUGUGGUGGCCGGGCUGCUCGGUGACGGCUACACCAGCGGCUACCACUGCGAGGUGCUCGACACCCUCCGGGCCAGCCAGGACAUGCUGAAGGAGGAGGCCGUUGCGGCGCAGAGGAACUCGAAGGACGACGGGUCGGCGCUCGUCGAGCCCGCCUCGUCGCGCACCUCCAAGGACGGCUGGGGCGCCGCGGCCGACGCCGCCCUGUCGGCCUCUUACUGGCUCGGGCCCCGGCAGGAGAGCCCGCUGGCCAGGCUGCGGAAGGGGGUGAUCAGCGACAUCGCACUCUGGGCGGAGCUCUACGAGACCGAGUCUCUGGUCAACCACAGGGAGCACUUCACCAGCUUCGCGCAGUGGUGUCACAGCGCCCAGCUGGUGCCGUUCCUGCGCAGGUGCUACCGGCGCUUCGGCGUCGCGGGGCUGCUGCCGCGCGGCCAGAGCAGCGGCGGCCACAGGCAUUGCGUCCUCGAGUGA